ACAUUCGACGUAUAACGAUCCUCGUGCCGCGAGCAUCGGGUCGCGUUUAUUUAGGCCUUUUCGCCAUCCCAGUAGCGUCGGCGGGACCAGGUCAUAGGGCGCAUUGUCCGUUGUCGUUCGAAGCUUUUUCCCAGGAAACACGGUUAGGCGGGCGCGGGAGAGAUGCUUUUAAUUUAGCGCUUUCGGCGUCGUCAACGCGAUAAUCUCAUCGUCUCCGUCUGAAGACCGCACGACCUCUUCGAGCCCUUCGCUACGCCAGCGGUGCUUCGUUGUUAGCACCGGCGACUUCGUGGAAGCGCCCCGUCCAAAGCGGCCGAGUCGAGCCACUUUUUUUAUUUGCCAUGGAUAAAAAGCGGAAGAGCCGGACCCCCAAGGCCGUCGCCACUACAAAGGCCAAGGCCACAAGCACAGCUCCCGCUGCCGAGACUCCUGUCAAACGAGGCCGGGGAAGGCCACCAGGAUCGGGCAAGAAGAAGUUAGCCGCAUCGGAGGGCAGUGCCAAGAAAUCCUCGCCCGCUGUGCCUGUGGCCAGUCCCCAGAAGAAUGGCACCAGCGGUCCCGAGUGCGAUCGCUGUUCACGGACAUUUGCCACCGAGCGGGGCCUCAAGAUGCACCAGCGCUGGCCCUGCAAGCCAGAGGCUGCUAAAGACGACGCGGACGAAUCGUGUCGCCUCCCAUUGGACGACGUCAUGGACUCGGAUUCUGACUCCGACGUGCCGCUGGGAAAGGUCGCGAGUGGCAAAGGGACCCGCUCCAAGGGCAACGCCGAGGACGGAAUCGACGGCAGUCCCGACCACCCCAAGGGCAGGCUAGCGUCGGCCAACAAACCGCAGCUCAUCUGCCAGCGUUGCGGACUCAGCUAUGACCCCAAACGAGAUGGGCCACGCUGCAAGCACUGCACGCGCGACAACGAGCACAGUGGCGAGAGUGGAGACGAGGAAGACAAGGCAAGUGGAUCCCGCUCCCCGCGCUCUUGGCAGGAGGAACUGUACGGGUGGAAUCACCACAAUGAUCCGUCGGCCUUUGACGGCCUAUUUUCAUUCACGGCAGGCAAAUUCGCACCACUCAAUGUGUUUGAGUAGGGAUGCCACUGGUCU